AUGUAUAGGAAGUGUAUCAAAAUGCCAGAUAUAGCAAAAUCUUAUUGGGCGCUCGCGCUGGGAGUACUUAGUGUUAGUUUCGUUGGUUACUGUGUGUAUUUUGAUCAUAAACGGCGCAGUGCACCAGAAUUUCGUGAAAAAUUAAAAGAAAAACGACGAAAACAAAAACAAAAACCUUUGCUAAAUCAAGAUGAUUCAUCUGUUGAAGUUGAUAUAACAAAUGCCGAAGAAAUGAAACGAUUUUUUCUGAUACAAAUUCAAAAAGGAGAAGAGCGCUUAUCACAAGGUGAUUUGGAUGCCGGUGUUGAACAUUUAGCCAAAGCUGUGGCUGUUUGUAGUCAACCACAAAGUCUUAUGGCAUUAUUUCAACAAUCAUUACCACCAGAAUUAUUUCAGGAAAUAAUCAUGCGUUUACCACGAGCUGCUCAAUCAAUUCAUCAUAACAGGUCGGAUUCAUUCAUGCGUAAUUCUACAACAAUUCUCAAUGAACCAGACCUUGAAUAG